AUGUUUGACCCGCUUCUAUGUUACGACAACAGCGAUCCAUAUCGGUUAGCGGUUGAGCUUAAUUUGGAUGUUGCUUACAAAAUGAACUUCAGUCUACACUGCAAAAAAUCAGCGCUAUCCUUCCUGAAUAUUUUUAUUCGACAUAAAAAGGAGCUGACAGCAGAAAAGCCUCCUGCUGAGUUGGAUGAAAAUUCGGAACUGGCUGAAUAUCUCAGUGAUCCACGUUACAAACUUCGCUUCCCUAGUGGCGAAGGCUUCCUGGAAUCCUGGUAUGAAGAAAGCAAGUGGCUGCCCGAUGAUCGAGCAGUGGAAAAUGAAGAAGUAAUCCAAACUUAUCGGGAAGAUGCAUCAAGUUUGUUGCGAUUGUAA